CAGCCGCCGCAGCUCUCCAAACUCUCUUGGUUGUUCAAUUUCGUGUUCGAACCUCUCUCAACUACCCAGAAGAAGACAUUGAAAUUCUUUCUUCGAGAUGGAUACUGUAAUCUGCCCAAUUGAUGUUAAGUGUGGUGAUCAAGUUUCAGCUCUUCUCCGUCCUCCUUCUUCUCAGCAAGUUCAGGAUUAUUUUGAUGAGCUUCUGUCUACAAGACAAUGCCAUGGUCUGAAGGUUGGGCAUAAUGGAGUUCACGGGAAAGGUGUGUAUGCUGGCAUGGACUUUGAAGAAGGGGAAAUUGUCUUGAGGGACCAAAUGCUAGUGGGUGUUCAGCAUCUGUCCAAUAAGAUUGAUUGUCUAGUGUGUGGCUUCUGCUUCCAAUUCAUUGGUUCCAUAGAACUCCAAAUAGGGAGAAAACUUUAUCUUCAAAGUCUAGGAGUCUCCUCCACAAGCGAUGAAUGCAUGAAGGGGAUGAUGGCACACAAUUCGAAAGCCUGCUAUGGUACAAGCUUGUCUUCUAAUGCAGAUGCUGAUCCUUACAAGGCCAAUGGCGGGGAUUUUGGAGCAUGCAGUUCCGGCAGUUCAAGUGAUACAGUUGGUUUGCCUAAGGAACUUCUUGAAUCAUUGAUGAAUGGAAGAUUGACCUUGCCUCACUCGGACAAAUUCCCACUGCCUGAAGCCAUCUCUUGCCCUGGAGGCUGUGGAGAAGUUUACUACUGUAGCAUGUUAUGUUCAGAGGCAGAUUGGGCAUCUUCUCAUUCUUUGCUUUGUACCGGGAAGCGGUCAGAGUCACUAUCUAAGGACGCACUUCUGAGAUUCACACAGCAUGCCAAUGAGACAAAUGAUAUUUUCCUUCUGGCUGCGAAGGCAAUCGCUUUUACCAUUUUAAGGUACAAGAAACUGAAAGCAGCUUGUCCGAAAGAAACACAUAAUGGAUCAGUUGCCUGGGGUUUGCUCUUGGAGGCAUGGAAACCAAUCCACAUGGGAUACAAGAAGACGUGGUGGGACUGCAUCUCUUUGCCAGAUGAUGUCUCUGAUGAGACUGCAUUUCGAAUGGAAGUGAAGGAGCUUGCGUUUACGUCACUUCAGCUCCUAAAGGAAGCAAUUUAUGACAAGGAAUAUGAACCAUUAUUUUCCCUUGAAAUCUAUGGGAAUAUUAUCGGCAUGUUUGAGCUGAAUAAUCUUGAUCUAGUUGUGGCAUCCCCUGUAGAGGACUACUUUCUGUACAUUGAUGAUCUUCCAAAUCCUGAAAAGAACCAAGCUGAAAGAAUCACACAACCACUUCUGGAUGCUCUUGGUGAUGAAUAUUCAGCUUGUUGUCAAGGUACAGGAUUCUAUCCUAUACAAAGCUGUAUGAAUCACUCUUGUUGCCCAAACUCAAGAGCCUUCAAACGAGAUGAGGACAGAGAUGGACAAGCAACCAUCCUUGCAGCUAGAGCCAUAAGCAAGGGAGAGGAGAUUACCAUUUCAUACAUAGAGGAAGAGCUUCCAUUGGCUGAGAGAUGGGCAUCUUUGGCAGAUUACGGCUUCACUUGCAGAUGCUCCAGGUGCCUGGAAGAAGGAGAAGAAGAGGAAGGAGGAGGAGAAACUCCCUGAGAACUGAAACUUGGAAGCAGGGGAAAUUGGGAAGGCAUUGAAUUGGGCUUUCCCUGGGCCAAAUUUUGACACAGCAAUGUGUUUUAGGGGUCUGUCCUCUUAGGCAGUGUGCUGAAAGAAUAAGCCACAACCUUAUGUAUGCAUCUACUAGGAUCCGGACCGCGCUUGCUGCGGGUUUUGCUUCUUUUUUUAUGUUAUUUUUUGUUAACACAUAGUUAAGGGUGGCCGUCAGCAAACCAAAGGUAAGACGUACAGCAAUUCUGCAACAUAACCAGUCCCACUAAAAGGCUUCGACAUUGGGAUGGCUAUAUGCAAACAAAUUCUUGUGGGAUCACAGUAGUGGAGGGGACAUAUAGAAGCUUUUGCCGUGGUGAUCGAUGCAUAGAAGCUCGCUGGCCAUGCUUAAGGGACGCAUUGUUGUUGAAACUGGAGACUGCAAAUGCUCUGUGAUUGUAUAGUAGCAGCAUGCAGUAGCAGUAGCGUUUCACAAGUUAAAAUAAACAUAGGCUUAGUUGUGGGAUGGCACCUGAUAACCUUAUGUCCAAGCACAUUAAGUACGACCUCAGUGACAGUAUGCUCGGCUUUUCUGUGAUGAUACCGUCUUCACCCUCGUUGAUUGCGCCACCUCCUCAUCACCUAUGUUCACCACCACUGCCAAUGGUUGUUGCAGUCGCAAUGGUAGCAGCAGCAGCAACAGCAACGCGGUGCCUCACUGUGAUAGAACUGGGGUCUGGGGCGCUAAUCUGCAGCUUCGUGUAUUCAUGUAGAGCAAUCAGUACGAUGAACCUCCUAAUCUCCACUCGUUGCAUCUACACACCAGUCGAUCUUGGUCCGCUUCAGAAGCUGAAAUGUUCAUCGGUAGCUGGAUUAUACCGUUUCCAUGGGUGGAUCUAUUUCUUGUCAAACGUUGUUACUUUAGCCAGUGUAUAGAAAAAGAGAUGGAAAGUGGGGAAACAAUGAACUUCGUAUUAGGUG